AUGAGCGCGACCGAGAGCAUUUUACUGGCGGUCGCUCGUGAGCACUCGGAGCAAUUUACGGCCGGCACAAUCAAGUCACCAUGGGGUUAUUUUGAGUAUAGUGUCAAACUGGCAUUAGCUCGUUGGACGGCAUUGCGUAUGGCUGUUGAGGGCGAAUGGGGCGGCGGUGACACUCGUCGCAAGUACGAAAUUCUGCUGGAGGAGAUUCUUCACGUCUUCAAGUACAAUAAAGUGGUGUACGCUGAUGCGAUGGCCGAUAAUAUUGGCGGAUACGUCGAGACGGAAUUUGGACUCUUGUGUGAGGAUGGCAGCAUUGAGGAGCUUGCGGAGCUGCUGACGGUAUUGGCGGAAGAGUGCAAGAAGGCGCAAUACGAUCGCAUUAAAGCCAUGCACGAGCAGAUCCAGUCGCUUUUUCCAAUUGACUUGAAGGCUGUUAAAGUAAAGACGCAGGAUGACGGCAUGGGACCAGCUGAACGCAGUGAUCAGAGUCUUGGCGCUAUCUUAGAGGAGGCGGAGCCGGAGAUACCACUUGUCGAUGAAGAUGGCUUCAUUGCAGUGCGUCGCUCGAGCAGACGGAAGGCACCCACAAAAUUCUACGACCCCGCAGCGGAGUUCCCAGGAGCAGCAUAA